GGAGAAGCCCGCCGCGGGCGCAGAAUUUCUCGAGCUACCGUAGCACCCCGCAGUUGCGGAAUCAGAGCGAGGGGGCGGCGGGUACGUCGGCAGCCUGCGAGGCUCUGGAGAAGCCCGCCGCGGGCGCAGAAUUUCUCGAGCUACCGUAGCACCCCGCAGUUGCGGAAUCAGAGCGAGGGGGCGGCGGGUACGUCGGCAGUCUGCGAGGCUCUGGAGAAGCCCGCCGCGGGCGCAGAAUUUCUCGAGCUACCGUAGCACCCCCUCCGUAGCCAUCUGGCUCAAACGUGAAACGCCAACGUACGCGCCUCACCGGACCAAUUUUCCCCGAGUCUGCCUUUCUGACGUGCACGCCACGAUGGCCCGGACGGCGCCUGCCCGAGCGUGCUUGCUGAUCCAUCUCCUCGCCCACGGCGUCUUCGGCACGACCGCAGCGGCGGAGGUCGACCCUCAGCAGGACACCGUGCUCCUGCAGCUCGGCACGGACGCCACCAGCUUCGACCUCGGCCGCGUCAGUUCCCCGAAGGGUACCACGGGCACUACGGUUUGGACGUUACUGGCUCGGCAAACGUACCCGUAUUUAUUCAGCAGUGGGGAGUGGUCGAAAAAUGCCGGAGAUCCUGGAAAUGACAAUUAUGCCAUUUUGGAUCAACUGGAAACUUUUCGCAGCGGCGACGGGAAGUUCACGUUCAAAUUGAGCUGGCCAGGUUCUGGAGCGCAGGACCAAGUUUGGAAGCAAUCGCUCAACCCAGUUACUUCACCAGGGCAGCAGUCAACCAGGCCAGUUGCAGGCUAUGAGGCGGUGUCUGUCCCUUACACAGGCUUGUAUUGGGGAGGGUUGGAGGGAUCGUCGCAGGACGCGCUCUUGGACGGGAGCGUGGCCUUCUAUUAUUGGUGGUACGCAGUUGGUGCUUUCCAUUCGAUUGGCGGUGGCUAUCCCGGCCCCCCCGGGAUUCUCGUGCAAAAAAUCGAGCUCUACGUGGCAAUGACACCGACCCCGGCACCGACGCCAGUGCCUUCGCCAGCGCCGACGCCAGCACCAACUCAGGCGCCGACGCCUGCCCCUACGCCAGCCCGUACGCCUGCAGCGAUUGCUGCUGCAGUCGGGGAUCCUCACCUGGUAAAUAUACACGGGGAGCGUUUUGAUCUCCUCAAAGACGGCAGGCACUUGCUGGUCGAGGUCCCACAGUUUGCAGCGGAGAGCGCGACGCUCCUGGCCGUCGCGGCCGUGGCACAGCGUUGUGGCGACGCAUGCUCGGACGUUUACUUUGUAUCCAUUAAUGUGACCGGCAAGUGGGCGGACGACGUGCGCGAGGGCGGCUUCCAUUACACGGCCAAGCAGCCGCAGGCCCAUCGAAAGGGAACGGGCUGGAUGAGCUUCCACAGCAUUAAAUUGAAGACCGUAUGGGGCCGUACUGGCGGAGGCAUUCCCUACCUGAAUAUGUUUGCCAAGAACUUGGGCAAGUCGGGGUAUCCAGUCGGUGGUUUGCUCGGCGGUGGGGACCAUUCCUCCGUCACCAAUCCCGAUUUGCGCUGCAAGCGCUACCUCGCAUUUUAGGCGGACUCAGGAUUCAGGACUCAGGACAGAGAAUUCAUGCGCGAACCAAGCAUGUCCAUCUUUCGCUCGAGUGCCGCGUGGGAGAAAUGUUGUUGGGGUUUUUAGUUGCGUGGCACUGCAGCCCAAGUUAGCAGUGCAUUUUCACGCAGCAAUGUCCAGCGAGCUGCAGCCCAAGGUAGCAGCUCAUGUACAGUGCUGGCCGCUGCAUCCCCGGCACCUUCUGCUGAGAACACAAGCCAUUGUGGUUCUUUCAGCGCAAGCACGCCAUGAACGCUGUCUGCAGGCGUUUGGCCUCUGACACUCUCGGGCGUAAGCGGACUGCGUUCUCGGGAGGUGUGUGGGACUCAUUUUGUCGCCUCGUCCUUGCGAGGUGUGAGAAAAAAAAGCUACCGUAGCACCCCGCAGUUGCGGAUAAGAGUGAGGGGGCGGCGGGUAC